AUGGCAACUACAGCAAAUUCUCGCACAGGCAGCGAUGCUGCCUCUGUGCCCUUCUCUUAUGCGCAAGCCGCAAAAGGCCUGGUGGCCGCACCAGGUUCGUCUGCUAGCAAAACCUCCUCGUCAGGUGCUGCGACACCUGCCAAAGACUCACAGUCAGUGAGCACGUCUACCGCAGCUGUGAUGAGCUGGGCAGAAGAUGCCGAGGGCCACGAUUCCCACUCCGAAAAGAUCCCAGGCGCGGGCGAGUCGCGUACACAGAGCACGAAGUCUGCCGCAACGCCCAGUGAAUUGACGGCGGCCGCACUAUCAUCUCCCGAGAUUGGAGCAUCGACUGCUUCAACUGUCACCAAGGACGACGAUGUCUCAUCGAUACCGAAUACAUCCUCGGAUUCAACGUGGGAGAACAAGUCGCAGGCGUCUACCUCAGUUGAUAAGUCGACCGAGCCAAGCGAUAAAUCGUCUCAGAAAGGCAAAGGCAAAAAGCGAGAGCAGGCACCCGCGAAGCCUCUUCAGGAAGCCCCUCUACCGGCUGUCAACAUCUGGCAGCAACGAGCUGAAUUAAGAAAGCCGGUCAAGCCAACUGCGGCGGCACCGCUCUCUAACGGUGUUGCAAAUGGAACCUCCCCAGUCAAGCAGCCUAAGGACGCAGAGAACGUUGAUCCGAAAAGCAGAGUCCAAGAGGAGAAGGCCAAUACUCUUCGACAGUCAUCAAAGUCCGAGACAGAUUCGGACAAGUCUAGGAAGAACACGCGGGCUCGACCCCAAGAGCGAGAUGCGAGAGAAGCUUCCAAUGCGGUUUCGAUACCACUCGAUCGUGAUCAGGAGUCCUGGCCGACUAUGGAUGCCGCGAUCGACGAGGACCGGAAGAAAGCGCAGGAGAAGACUGAGAAAUCGGACAAAGAGCGCAAAGAGACGACCGGAGCCAAGGCUAGCAGCAAGGGACAGUGGGUGAAAGUCCCGUUCGUCCCAAGUGUCAACUUCAAUACCCCCCUGCCCAGCAGCGGAGCUCGCAGGGGCGGACGAAGUGCAGCGCGAGGUGGAGCACAGAAUGGCGGUCGUGCUGGUUUCAGCACAAGCGGCCCUGAAAAGGACGCUUCCACACCAACCGCCACAGCCAACGGUGAACAACCAAGGCGUGGUCGACCUGAUGUGCCCGUCCGCGAGACCUCUCCGAAAACCAAGCGCACUGCUAGCGCCAGCUCGUUUGCUACCAAGGACAAAUCUGCCCAGUUUAAUGGAGAGAAGCCGAAGUCUACGCAAACCGAUGUUGAAUCUCAAUCCAAGGAGAAUGGUGUGCCGACUGAGUCACAGAACAUUUCUGGACCCAGUCAGCACAACACUUUCCCUCGGCAGUACCCCUCUAACCGACCCAAUAAGGGCAGGAGAACGGAGUGGCCGGGCCCGGACAGGAGAAAGGAGACCGAUCCAGCCGCUGCCACCAAGGAGAACGGCGUACUCAACGACCAUACCUCUGCGUCGACCCAGACAGACGGGCCAGAGGAUGUAGAGCGUCGAACUUUUGCCGAAGGCCAGCUACCUCACCAGUCGAAGCGGGGUUCUAGUGACCGAUACGGUGCUUUUAACGGCCGAGAACGCCGCGGCGGUCGCGGCGGCGGUCGUGGAGGCAAUUUCUCGAAUGGCCAUCAGUUCGCAAACGGUCACAUGAAGUCAUCUUCCACAUAUCCCGGACCUAUGUCUCCUACCGCCUUCAACCCGGAACAGAGCCCAUACUUCCCGCAAUCGAGGUACAGGGCUGGCCCGCGUUCGCAGUCUGUUACGAAUGAGAAUAUGUAUCGUGGGCCUGGGCAAUUUGGUGGUCCUCAACAGAUGCCUCCUAUCAACGCAUAUAUGGGCGGAAACGGGUACGACUACCCCAUGGUGCAACCCAUGAACGUUGCACCGUUUGGUCAAAUUGGAAUGGACCACUUUGCGCUGUUUUCCAUGGUUACUACCCAGCUCGAGUAUUACUUCUCGUUGGAUAACCUAUGCAAGGACAUGUUCCUACGAAAGCACAUGGAUUCCAAAGGUUUCGUUUUCCUAAGCUUCAUCUCCGAUUUCAACCGGAUAAAGCAUCUAACUACUGACCUGGAGCUGAUCAAGCUUGUAUGCUAUCAAUCGCGUGCGAUUGAAUUCCGCGUUGGACAUGACGGCAAGGACAGGCUACGUGCGCGGGAUAACUGGCAGCAGUGGGUCUUGCCAGUUGAGGAGCGAGACUCUUCGGCGCAGAACGAGGGUCCAGAGGAGCUUUACAAUCCACCAAUUCCUCAUCCAAAUGGGUUCGACCCCAAUGGCAACCCGAGGUAUCCUGACAUGCACACAAUGUCGCCAUCAGCCCCAGGUGUAUACGCUGCGGAUGGACCCAUGCCCACAGCGAAUGGGUUCCAUCCUGGGGCUCAGCAACAUGUAUCUGCGACCUUGAACGAGAGCGUACCCAACGGCGUCAAUACUGAAAACGGCAACGGCAAUGCCAUUCCGAAUGGUCACCCCAUCGACGAGUCGACAAAGGCUGUGAGUGGCGAACCCGAUUCAUUUUCUGAUGAGCAGGUCGAGAACCACGUGGCGGACGAGUCUGAGGAGCGAGUCGAUCGCCGCGCCAUUCCCAAGCCGAAUGGCGUUGGUGCCUUCUCGGAGUAA